AUGCUGGCAGGUCUGGUAGCUAAUCUUCUUAAUCGUUUCCUGGGCAUGUAUAUCAAAAAUUUCGAUGCGAAACAGUUGAAGGUCGGCAUCUGGGCUGGAGAACUCGCGCUUAGAGAUCUCGAGCUCCGACGGGAGGCACUUGAUCAGCUGCAUUUACCCGUCAACGUGGUUGAGGGUCAUCUAGGUCAAUUGACUUUAUCUAUACCGUGGUCCAAUCUUCGAGGCAAGCCUGUCAGCGUCAAGAUCGAGGAUGUCUUUCUGCUUGCCGCGCCGAAAGAGGAAUCCGACUAUGAUGCUGAAGAGGAGGAGAAGCGGGCCCAAGCAGUGAAGAUUGAGAAGCUUGAAAGCGCGGAGCUUCUGAAGGAGCGCAGCACGGAAGGCAUGAGUACUGAAGAACAACAGAAGAAUCAAAAUUUCACGCAGAGUCUGGUGACUGCCAUCGUUGAUAACUUGCAGAUCACUAUUAAGAAUGUUCAUCUGCGAUACGAAGAUUCUAUCGCAGCUCCAGGACAUCCGUUUGCCUUGGGUGUCACGCUUCAAGAAAUGAGCGCUGUCAGCACAGACGCCAAUUGGACGCCAAUGUUCAUUCAAUCCACGUCUGGAACAACCCACAAAUUAGCUGUUUUGAAAGCAUUGGCAUUCUACUGGAACACAGACACUAAACUAUUUGGAACUGGUAGAGGCAGUCAAGUAGGGGCCGAGGCGCAAGGGGCGGACCCGGCAGAACUCUUGAGCCGGUUUAGGGGUGCACUUGAAGGUGACGAUGAAUACCAGUACAUGUUAAAGCCAGUGAGCGGUCGUGCCGGCAUUGAAAUGGACAAGUCAGGGAAAAUUGAAAAACCAAAGACCAAAGCGCGGCUGCUGUUUCAAGAGCUUGGCUUCAUUCUUGAUGAGGAGCAGUACCGUGACGCACUUAUGCUUGUUGAUCUCUUCCACUACUUCCUUCGUCACCAAGAGUACAAGAAGGAUCAGCCUGAAAAGACUCCUAAAGAAGAUCCAAAAGCGUGGCUAAGAUUUGCGGGAAAUGCUGUUCUCAGCAAGAUUCAUGAUCGCAAUCGACGCUGGACCUGGGACUUUUUCAAAGAACGUCGUGACAAUCGCCUACGAUAUAUCGACUUAUUCAAGAAGAAAAAGAAGGAGCAGCCUCUCACUGCUGAGGAGACAGAAGAGUUCAAUGAUCUGGAAUACCAUCUAACUUACGAAGACCUCCGCUUCUGGAGGUCUCUAGCACGUAACCAGCUAAAGAAGGAGAAUGUUGGCGUCAAGAAGCCAGCUCCAAAGCAGACAUGGACAUCCUGGGUCUGGGGUUCUAAGCCCCAGGAGGAAACCAAAGAAGAUGAGGCCGGCAUGACCGACGCACAGCGCAAGGAACUGUAUGAUGCUAUCGAUUGGGACGAGAAGAAAGCAAUUGCAGAAAGUGUUGAGCUACCACGGGAGUCAGUCAAGCUACAAAUCGAGUCGAGUUUGAAGACUGGCAGUUUCACACUAAAGCGAGAUCCUCACGGCGCGGCGAACGAUAUACUGAAGCUCGUUUUCGACAAGUUCCGCCUGAAAGCAUUGCAAAGGCCAGACUCCUUCUUUGCUGACGUUGCCCUGGGAGGUCUCAGAGUCUAUGAUGGCACAACUGAACACAGUUUGUUUCCCCAGAUCGUCAAGGUAAAGGACGCUCUACCACAGCCUAAGGACGAAGACGGUCACGCUUCCGCCGACUUACAGAACUUGGAUGGCUCGAGUGAUGAAUCAGAAAAACAGACGCAGGACAGCCUGUUCCAUCUCAUUUUCGAGAACAACCCACUUGACGAAAGUGCAGACACAGCUGUGACGUUAACCUUGAAGAGCAUUGAGGUUAUCUAUAACCCUAGGUUCCUUGUGGAGACUGCCCGUUUCUUCAAGCCGCCAGAAAGACAUAUGGAGUCCAUUGGCGCUCUCCUUGAGACUGCUGGUGCAAGGGUAGAGGACAUUCGACAGCAGACGCGGGCUGGCUUAGAAUUUGCAUUAGAAGAACACAAGACAGUUAACGCGAACCUCGAUAUCCAGGCGCCUCUAAUCAUUAUACCCGAAAGUAUCACCGCACAUAGUUCACUCUGUCUCAUCUUUGAUGUUGGCCACGUUGCAUUGAACAGUAAACUCGUUGAUAAAGACACAAUCAAGGAGGUGCAAGCCAAGCAGAAGAAGCAGUACAGCGAGGAAGACUAUCGUCAAUUGGAGGGACUGAUGUAUGACAAAUUUUUGCUUGCUUUGCACUCGACCCAAGUUCUUAUUGGGCCAGGGAUUGAGGCCACGAAGACGGAGCUCUAUUCAGAACACCAAACCGGUAGUAUGCACGUCAUCGAUCGUAUCAACAUGGAUUUUACGUUGGAGACAUCCAUUGUGCCAAAAGCGGCAGACAUCACCAAAACUCGCGUUUCGGGCCACCUACCGGUGCUUCAUGCUUCCAUAUCCGACAAGAAAUACAAGAACUUGAUGAAGCUGAUUGAUGUCGCCAUACCACAAUUCGAUGAAGAUAUGGAUUCAGAGGGCGAUGAUAAAAUAGCGCGGCCUGCGUCUCAGACGAGGCAAAGUAGGGCACAGUCUCAGGCAUUUCCUCUGACCACGCAAAAGGAAGUGCCUGUACUCGACCGAGAUCAUGAUUCUGAUAAUGAGGAUGCGGAGAGUAGGAAGAGCGAGAAAUCGGACAAGCCUGUAAACCUCCACCAGCGCAACUUCGAGUUCAAUUUCACUGUCGACAAACUGCAAGGGUCUCUGUACCGCUCUGACCCAGAAGGAAACAAUCCGGACCAGUUGCUGGUCGAGCUAGUGGCUGAACAUUUUGCAUUUGAUUUCUACCUCCGCCCGUUUGAUAUGGUUGCGGAAGUUCUCCUGAGUUCGUUAACUGUUGACGAUCACAUCGAAGCAGAUCCGACGCCGGAAUUCAAGCAGAUCAUAUCCUCAAAAGGCUUCAAGGCGGAAACAGACAAGGAUCUGUUCAAUGUUAGGUUUGUAAAGGUUAAUCCAGACUCUCCCGAGUUCGACUCAACUUACGAGAGCAUUGCCACAAAUCUCGACGUAUCCAUUUCGACGAUCAACUUGGUAGUAACACGGAAGACCUUGCUUACAUUGCUUGACUUCGUGCUCCUGACAUUCACAGACUCUGAUACUCAAGAUCAGAAGCAAGGAACGCCAAAGAAGACUAAGGGUAUCGAAGGACCAGAGACCAAAGAAGCCAGCGAGAAGCAGCCAAGCACCGAUAAGAUUCGUAUAAAGGCUAAUCUAAACAGCAUUGCACUCAUUCUCAACAACGAUGGUGUGAGGCUCGCCACACUUUCGUUGAAUUCAGGUAAUGUUGGGGUUUUCCUUCGAGAUGGCACCAUGCAGGUGAAAGCUAGACUGGGAAGUUUGUCCCUUGUUGACGACAUCAACCAAGGAGCUCCAGAAAGCUCACCAUUGCGCCGUUUGAUCACCAUAGAGGGCGAUGAUUUUGCAGAUUUCAAAUAUCAAACUUACGACUCGAAGUUGAAAGGCUAUCCGGGCUAUGACUCUGGUAUAUACCUACGAUCUGGCUCUAUUAAGUUGAAUUUUCUCGAAGAGCCUUUCCGAAAGAUCAUGGAAUUUGGAGUGAAAUUUGGCAAGAUGCAAGCGAUUUUUAAUGCUGCUCGGCAAGCAGCAGCGAAUCAAGCUUCUCAGUUACAAGAAAAUGCUUCGAAAAUGCAUUUCGACAUUGUGGUCAAGACACCCAUCUUGGUUUUCCCAAGAGUGAUGGUCGAUGAUCGCCCGAGAGACCUCCUAACAGCAUAUCUAGGCGAAAUUUAUGCUAGCAACAAAUUUGUAACGUUGCCGAACCAGAGAGAUGGACCUUCUAUCAACAAACUAUCAGCGGGCAUCCGUCACAUUCGACUUACCUCCGAAUUCCAUUUCGAGGAUGGCCAAUCAGAAGAAUUGGAAAUGAUCGAGAAAGUUGACCUCAACUUUAAGAUCAGAAACAUGGAACAUCAACCUGGGCUAGAACGACCUGACACUGAGAUUCAAGGCUCAAUGUCUCCUGUCAAUCUUCGUAUUUCCCAAACGCAGUUCAAGUUCCUGAUGGAGUUGACCAAGACCAUUCCGGCCGCCUUUGCCACCGAAGAAGAGUCUGACGAGCAAAUCGCGGAAGAGCUUCCAGAAGAAACGGCGAGACCUGCAAAGUUGUUGACCAAGGACACUGACCAUUCAGAAGUGACAAAGUCGCCUUCUCAUCAAGGUCCAGAAAUUGGCACCAGUGAUGAAACCUGGACGACUUUGAAUCUGGUGUUCAAGGCUGAGACCAUUGGUUUGGAGCUGAUCCUUGCAAACGAGGAUGGGCCCACCGGAGAUCUUGACGAAGCCAGUCUAUCGAAAUUCUCCUUGAACGAUACCAACGUUAAGCUGAGGAUGGUCAGUGACGGUGCAUUGGAAGCUGAGCUCCUUGUACAUUCAUUUACGGCUCGGGAUAGCCGCAGCCGAGACACAAACAAAUUCAGAAAGAUCAUGUCGCUGAUCAACAAUGAUGUGCAACAGCAAUUCAUGGCCAGUUUCUCGGUAUCGGGAGGAGAACAAAAGCAUAUGAUUGCAAUGCUCACGAUUGAUAGUCCGCGCAUCAUCGUCGCCCUCGAUUACGUUUUCGCACUACAAGCCUUUGCGAACGCUGCUCUAGCGUCCGAUGACGUCUCCCCUGUCGAUGUUGAGCUUGAAGAAGACGACCAAGAAGAUGAGCCUGCUGAAGAAAGCAAUGAAGCUAGUAAGUCCAAAAAAGAGGAUGAAACUACUUCUGCAGGUGCUCCUGCCAUGACGACCUCGUUCCGAGUAAACGUCGUCGACGCGCAAGUUAUCUUGAUUGCUAAUCCGGCUAUCUCUAAUACCGAAGCGAUCGUGCUGGGAACCAAAGAAGUUCUGGUAUCACAACAGAACGCUACUACCCUGCAGAUAACGAAGAUAGGGAUGUUCCUCUGCCGAAUGGACAAGUUCGAGACUAGCAGGCUUCGAAUUCUCGACGAUUUCACCAUCCAGAUGUCUAUGGACAGCAGGAGUCAAGGAAAGAAUUCAUCUUUGACAUCGAUCCACGUUGACAUAGAGCCAUUGGUCUUACGGCUGUCACUACGAGACAUCUUGCUAGCUUUGCAGAUUGUCAGCAAAGCCUCCGAGAUGGCACCUACGGACGAAAAGAAGAUACAAGAUCAAGAGCCAAAGAAAUUAAAGGAAGUCAAGUCGGCAUCCGAACCUUCAUCUUCGAAGCGGCGAUCUGGUGAUGCGGCUCCUUCCACCACUGCGAGGCAGUCAAAGAAAUCUGGAACAGUUGCGAAAUCAAAAUCAAAAUCAGGGCAUCAGAAACCUCAGCACCGAGAAUCAGUGGUGAUGAAGCGAGAAGAGAUGACUGCAGAAGUUCAAGGUAUCAGAGUGGUAUUGAUUGGCGAUUUACACGAGCUGCCCCUUCUUGACUGGAGCGUGAAAAAAUUCCAUGUUGAUGUAAGAGAUUGGUCUGCUUCCAUGACUGCAGAUCUGAACCUUAACACAUUUAUCAAUGUGUAUAAUUUCUCCAAAUCUGCAUGGGAGCCGCUGAUUGAGCCGUGGCAGCUCGGGUUCCAUAUGUCGAAAGAUCAACAACCCGAGGUUCUGUCCCUCGACCUGUACUCUCACAAGACCAUGGAGCUUACCAUCACCUCUGCCACAAUUGCCUUGGCGUCCAAGUCAUUCCAAUUCCUUUCAAGCGACGAGGACAUGCUGUCCAAGCCCCGGAUCGCUGAUGCGCCAUACCGCAUACGCAAUUACACUGGCUUCGACCUGCGUGUUUGGGCGGAUGACAACAAGGGCGACGAGGGUGCUGCUGCGAAGCUUGUUGACGGGGAAGAGCAUUCUUGGCGCUUUGAGGAUGCUACUUCCAUGCGCGAGAGCCUAUCACCGGAAGGUAAUGCAGGUAUGGUGGGCAUCAAAUUGGAAGGAAGUGGUUUCGACAGUAUCAACAGAAUUGCUGUUGUUCGUGAGGGUGAAACUCUGUACAACCUCAAGCCGCGACAAGACAAAAUUCUUCACCGAUUGCUUGUGGAAGUCAAGUUGGGGACCGACAACGUGAAGUACAUCACUUUCAGAUCCCCUUUGCUGGUAGAAAAUAGAACACAGAUACCGAUUGAGCUUGGCGUUUUUGACCCAGACCAGGGUACCCUGAUGAAGAUUGAGAAAAUCCCGCCUGGCGAAGGUCGACCUGCCCCGGUUGGCGCUGCUUUCGUACAUUCUCUCGUCUUACGCCCAGAUCAGGGUUUUGGAUAUGAAUGGUCUAAUGAGCGACUCUUUUGGAAGGAUUUGCUGAGAAGGCCAACCAGGACCAUCAGCUGCAGAGGCGAGAGUGGGAAUCAAUCACCCCCAUUCUACUUCCAGACGAAUGCUGCUUAUGACAAGAAGGAUCCCACGACUCAGAUAUAUCCUUAUAUGAGAAUCGCCGUGUCAGCUCCAAUUGAGAUCCAGAAUCUGCUACCUUACGACUUCAAAUAUCGGAUUUACGACAAGAACACAAAGAAGGACUGGACGAAUUUCCUCCGCAAAGGCGGUGUUAGUCCUGUGCAUGUUGUGGAGUUGUCCCACCUCCUGUUGCUGAGCAUCGAAAUGCAAGACACUGUCUUCAAACAAAGCGAAUUUGCCAUCAUAAACAGCAAUACUCAUGAGGAUUUCAGAAGAGAGUCCACGCUCUCAGUCAAAGAUAGGCAAGGCGCGGAGUUGAGAUUGAAACUGCACUACUUUAACAUCAGGAACAGUGGAGGCGCUUUCAAGGUGUCAGUGUAUAGUCCUUAUGUUAUCCUCAACAAAACGGGCCUGGAUAUCAGCAUUCAGAGCAAGGCCAUCUUCGGCUCCGCAAAGUCCGCAGCAGGCCAAGGGAUCAGGACCGAGUCUGGAAGUGGCGGUCGCAAAGCAGUUCCUUACAUGUACUCAUAUCCAACCGAUGAUCGCAAGAACCGCUCCAUAUUGAGGAUUGGCGACUCAGGGUGGAGCAAGCCUCAAAGCUUUGAUGCAAUAGGAAGCACCUUCGAAGUUGUGGUUCCAUCCGCGGACGGAAAGUCAGAACUGCAUGCCGGUGUGUCCGUGGCAGAAGGCGAAGGCAAAUACUCACUGGCUAAAGUCGUGACGUUGACGCCCCGAUUCAUGGUGAAGAACAGAAUGUCAGAAGAGAUUGAUGUUCGUGAGCCAGGGUCAUCGAGUGUGAUGAAACUCAAGCCAGGGGACCUUAUUCCCCUUCACUUCAUGCGGCGGACACCCGAGAUGCAACUCUGUCUCUGUUUUCCGGGCGUCAAUAAUCAAUGGUCAGCACCAUUCAACAUCUCGAACGUUGGGAUGACACAUGUGAAGCUAGCUAAGCACGGUCAACGUCAAAAGCUGAUCAGAGUUGAGAUCAUUAUGGAAGAUGCUACAAUUUUCCUACAUGUCAGCAUCGAAACCAAUCACUGGCCCUUUUCGAUCCGCAACGAGAGUGAUACUGAAUUCAUGUUCUUUCAGUGCAAUCCAAACCUGUCAGAAGACGAGGAGGAGGACGGCCAAAGUAGUUGGAAACCAAUUCGAUACAAGUUGCCACCAAGAAGCAUCAUGCCAUAUGCCUGGGACUAUCCUGCUGCCAAAAACAAGGAGCUCGUUCUUACCUCUGCUGGUAAAGAGAGAUACGUGAAAUUGGCGGAGAUCGGCAACCUCAUACCAAUGAAGCUACCACCUAUGCAGCGUGGUGGCCCGGUCAAGGUCAUUGACCUGAAUAUUGUUGCGAAUGGGCCUACUCAGACCCUAGCGCUAUCGAACUAUAGACCGUCCAGGAGUAUGUAUCGUCAGAAAACAGGCCAGUCAACUGCAUCUCAAUCAAGCAGCUCUCAAGGUUUCGAAGUCAAACAAGUAGACUCUGAAUUAACAUUCAAGGCUCAGCUCCGAUUGGCAGGUCUGGGCAUAUCACUCGUGACGAAGCAUCUGAAAGAAUUACUCUACAUGACAUACCGAGAGAUCGAUGUCAAGUAUGGUGAGUCAAGGCUAUACCAGACACUCAACACCACCAUAAAAUGGAUCCAGAUCGAUAACCAGCUGUAUGGAGGCAUCUUCCCAAUCCUACUCUAUCCAAGUGUGGUACCCAAGACAGGGAAGGAGAUGGAAGCGCACCCAAUCUUCCACACUAUGAUUACACGUGUGAAGGAUGAUUCGUAUGGCGUACUGUACAUCAAAUACGCAUCAUUGCUCCUGCAGCAGAUCACGAUCGAGUUGGACGAGGACUUUAUCUUUGCUCUGCUUGACUUCACGAAGGUGCCGGGAGCAUCUUGGUCAGAAGAGGUCGAAGGCAAGCUCUGCGACGAAGACCUUGGCGUACCCGAGCCUACGAAAGAACACCAGGGGCAGGACGUGUAUUUUGAACUCCUUCAUCUUCAGCCAAUGCAGCUCGACCUGUCUUUUGUACGCACGGAAAGAGUCAAUGCCGAAGACACGUUCCAGACAUCCAACCCGAUCAUGUUCUUUGUCAAUGUCAUGACCAUGUCCAUUGGCAAUGUCAAUGAUGCCCCGGUCCGACUGAAUGCGUUAAUGAUUGAAAAUGCCAGAAUUUCGAUUCCGGCGCUAAUAGCGAACAUUCAGAGUCACUACACGCAAGAGUUCCUCCGACAGAUCCAUAUCAUUCUGGGCUCUGCUGAUUUCCUCGGGAACCCUGUUGGCCUUUUCAACAAUGUCAGCUCCGGUGUGGCAGAUAUUUUCUACGAGCCCUACCAAGGUCUCGUGAUGACAGACCGGCCCCAAGACCUUGGGAUUGGGAUCGCAAAGGGAGCUUCGAGCUUCGUCAAGAAGUCUGUGUUUGGCUUUUCUGACAGCGUGGCCAAAUUCACAGGGAGCAUGUCGAAGGGUCUGGCAGCAGCUAGUCUGGACAAAGAAUUCCAAGAUCAACGGCGUAUGUCUAAGUCAAGGAACCGGCCAAAGCAUGCAUUGUACGGUGUCACGUCUGGUGGCAGUGCAUUUGCUUCCAGUAUGGCCAGCGGCAUCGGAGGCCUUGCUAGACAUCCAAUCCAAGGUGCCGAGAAAGAAGGUGCUGUCGGAUUUGUGAAAGGAGUGGGGAAAGGUUUCCUCGGACUUGCCACGAAGCCAGCCAUUGGUGCUUUUGAUCUUGCUUCCAAUCUUGCCGAAGGUGUGCGCAAUACGACCACGGUGUUUGAUGCAGAAGGCCUUGAUCGUGUUCGCCUUACGCGCUUCAUUGGGAUGGAUGGCGUGGUGCGGCCAUUCUCACAACGUGAGGCGCUUGGUCAAUUUUGGCUCAAGACGGUUGAAGAUGGUAAAUACUUCCACGAGGACUACAUUGCGCAUAUGGAUCUUGGUGCGCAAAAAGACAUGAUCAUCAUGUUGACGUACGAGCGCAUCAUGCUAAUCCGCGCAAAGAAGAUGCGGGUGGAGUGGGAGGUGAAGCUCACCGAUGUUCAGACCAUCUCGAAGGAACGGACCGGCAUGAGCAUCGUCUUGAAGAACGGGGUAGCUGGUCCAUUCUUGCCUGUCCAGGACGAGGACUCCAGGAACUGGCUGUACAAGCAGAUUGCCAUUGCAGUCAACGCUUUCAACGACAAAUACAAUGCGAAAGGAUGA